AUGGUGGCGGAGCUGUGGGAUUUACGGUGGCAUUUAGUGCCCGACGGGAGGCUAACAUGUGGUGUGGUGGCUGCCUCUAGAUCACCAGAGUCGUUUCUGGACGAUUUGGAGCUCAACAUUGCAAAACAGACACUCCAAAUUAUGAAUUCAACUUCAGCAUCUUCAUCAGCAAGCAAUUCAAACUACAAAGCUUCCUCUCCUUCAGGUGGAGCUAAACAGGAAGUGAAUUCUUCUUCAUCUACAACAAACAAAGAUGGGGCAUCAAGCAGCCCAGUAGCUUCCUCCACAGAGGAAGAGAAUUCUUCUAAACCAAGGCUAACCUACGACAAAGUCAAAGAAGAUUGGCAAGCCAAGUUUAAAUCAUUAGGCAGUUAUGGUCCGUUUUAUGCUGUGGACCCGGAGUAUGAUCCUGAGAAAAAGAAAACUUAUGAAGAGCGAAGAAAAGUCGCAGAAGAACUUUGGAGUGCUCACAAGAAAUGGGUUGACAAUUAUUACCAAAGCCUAAAGGCCAAGGAUCCAAAGAGAGCAAAAAAAUCCAAAGCUUAUGCAAAAUCAUUGAAAUCCAAAGCCAAAGCUCAAGAUCACAAAGACGCUUACUCCAUUUUUAUGGAUGAGAACAAUAACCGGCACUGCAAAAAAAAUUCUAGAGCUUACUUCAAUCUACAUGGACAGCAUGUCAAACCUGCUAAGCGUAUGUUAAAAUAUAGGAUACAAUCUGCACAUCAAUCAAAAAGCUUCCAUGAAUUUGAAGUAGUCACUGGUAAAGGAGGUGGCGACCAUGGGACACCAGUGAUAAAAAACGAGACAAUUCGUAUCUUAGAUGAAAACCAUAUACAACAUGAACAUCCGAAGGAAUCAGAUGGGGAAGUCAAUGAAGGGGUUAUUUGUUUCAGUAUUGAUGGUUCGGAAGAUUUAGUACUUUCGAACCCACCAAGCUCUGGUUCAGAUUUUGAAUAAAUGUUUUUUUUUUUCUUCUAAACAUUGCACAAUUGUUAAAAUCUGAACAGUGACUAGUCAGAUAAAAUAAUAGCUUAUAAGGACAUGUGGUGUGUUUAUGUUCCUCCGUUGAUACAGAUACUUUUGUG